CCCGACGAAAGCCGCAACAAUCCGCCUACGGUGUAACGAUACCUAGGCUUGAUCAAACAUACCAUUGUACAUUUGGAUAAGAUGUACAAGGGGUGGAAACGAACAUUGACGACGGACUUGGCUCGCAGAAUUCGCUCUCACGCUAAAGCUGUCAUUACCCCUCCCUCAGAGCUUCGAGAUCAUCGGCAACUUCCACACAACAACCAAGUUCACUGGCCAAUAUAUGAGCCAACAUGUGAAUCUUCCAGGUGUUGGGUACCGAAACGCAGGAACGAGAUGAGAAAUGGAGACCCCGACCCAACGACCACAGCUCGCAAGAUGUCCAACAAGGUUACAGAGGAGAUGAAGCAAGGAACCCUGGAGAAGCAGAGUUGGCUCUAUAAAUCUCGCAACUUGCCUUUCUUGAGGUGUUGGUUGUGGUUGGUUGAUGCAUCUCAUAGCCGAAUCAAGCACGAGAUAACUUCGCAGAGGUCGGAAUAAAACAGAACGCGAAGCGAUGUCCAAACGGCUACUUGCCGUGUCGUUGUGUCUGGAACAUCAUCAUGUUGGCACAUAGAUAUAAUAGAGGGUCUUAAGCAUCGCGUACAGAAAACACGGGAAGAAAGAAGCAAAUCCCACCACCGUGGCUGCACGGGCUGUUUCG